AUGGCCAGCCUCACGCCGGGAGUGCUGGUGAAGCUCCUGCGGAACAUGGGCUCCGGGGAGAAGAUCACCGGAGAGCACCGGUCGACCCUUCUGCAGGUGAUCAGCAUCGUCCCCGCCAUGACCGGCUCCGAGCUCUGGCCCGACGGCGGCUUCUUCCUCAAGGUCUCCGACUCCGCCCACUCCACCUACGUCUCCCUCCCGCAGGAGGACGAAGAUCUCGUCCUCUCCGACAAGCUCCGCCUGGGGCAGUUCAUCUACGUUGACCGCGUCCUCGGUGGCUCCCCCGUCCCCGUCCUCGUCGGCGUUCGCCCAGUGCCGGGGAGGAGCUCCUGCGUCGUGGGCACUCCAAAGGACCUGAUGGAGCUCCUCGUCGGGAGCCCCCUCCUCUUCUCCUCCUCCCCCCCCGGAGACGAGCUCCCCGGCCGGCCGCGAGUGGUCAUCAAGGAGGAGAAGGCCGCUGUCCCCUCCCGCUACCUUCAGCAGGGUCUCUCCACCGCCGCCAGGCCCAGAGCCAACAGCAGCUCCCCGGAGGUCGCUGGAAUUCCCCGCCGGAAAACCAGGCCCUCCCCGUCGAGGGAGGCGAGCUCCGAGAGGCCAGGUAUGGCGGUGAGCUCAAAAACGGGGAGCCUUCUCUCUGGGUUUAGAGGAUGGAUGGAUGGCUCACCCCCCAUUUUUGCCGCGGUUGCUAGUGUUGCAGGCUAAGCCGAGGGAGACGGCCGAGGUUGACGGCGGCGGCAAGGCGGUGGUCCCAGCUAAGAGCUCUGUCCCCAGGCCGCCGCCGCCCGCCGGAGAUCAUCCCCCCGCCUCCCCGUUGGUCUCCUAUUUGAUCGAGAGGUGCAAGAAGAGAGCCCAGGACUCCGUCAUCUCGUGGGGGUCUCUCCCUCCCGCCAUGGUCGAGCCCGGGAAGGUACCUCCCUUCCGCCACCAGCCUCGAGAAUCCCCCAAUGAAUGAAUGAAUGAAUGGAUGCAUGCCCUCGUCAAAUACAACGGAAUAGCUUCUGGGCAUUCUGAUUACUAUGAUCAUAAAUAAUUUGUUCUGGAUUGGGUAUUCCGAUCGAUUGCAAACCGCAGCCGGUCAACGCCGAGGUGGGUUAUCUGAUUUAUUUGGUAAGAAGAGCUCCGUCGCGUGAUGGGUCUGCAACCUGGUUUGCGCAGGGGGUUCUGGGGAGGAGGAAGAUGGCUUCCAUGGUGGCCGCUGCGGCGCAGAGGGAAGCUUCCGCCGCCGCCGCUCUCGUCAAGAGCCUCAGGCAUGACGAGCUUGUCUUAAAAUUUACGCCGCCGACGCUGGUGUUCGUUCCUAACUAAACUUGUGCCCAUUUCUGUCGACGGCCGUUCCAGCAUAUUCGCCGACCUGAGAGCUUCCGCCGUUGGGGAGAACCCCCACGGCGCCCUCACCAGGUUCUUCGCUCUCCAUCGUCUCCUCUCCCAGUCGUCCGCCGCCAACUACAGGGAGAACCCUCCUCCGAUGUCCGGCGACCGGUUCUCGGGACAUGAAGAUGUAUCCAGUGGGAGAUCGGAUCCUCCGCUGCCCGCCGGAGACGCGGGCUCUCCGGCGCCGAAACCUCGCCGGAGUGAGAGGCUGGAAUGGGUCGAAGGGGAGGGGGAGAAGGAGAUUCAAGCGCUGAGGGCGGCGCUGCUGGAGGAAUCUCGGUCGUGGUUCCUGAGGUUCCUGGAGGACGCUGUGGGCUCCGGCGAGGAAGGCCAGGCUGGGCAGGCCGCCGUCACGAUUUCCCAGCUGAAGCUUGCCGGCGACUGGCUGGACCAACUGAAGCUCGCCGGGGGCGGACAUGGCGGCGGCGGCGCGGCCGAGACCAUCGAGAGGUUGAAGAAGAAGAUCUCAGCGCGCGUUAUCCGCCUCCUCGAUUCUGCGGCGCCGGCACUGUAG